AGAGGCAUGAAUUAUCUUCAUGAGCACAAACCCUCACCCAUAGUUCACAAUUAUUUGAAUACCAAAAAUUUGUUGCAAGAUGAAGGUGACCAAUGGAAGAUUGGAGAGUAUUGGCUUCAAAUUUUGUAUAAACAAAGGCACCCUAAUCAAGACAAAAGCCAAAGAAAUGAUAAUUCUAGCAUUCCUAUCAACCUGUCUGAUGACACCAAGAAAGAUAUCCACUCAUUUGGCUGCAUAUUGUAUCAGAUGCUAGAAGGAAAUCACGAGGAGACCAACACAAUAUCUGAGUUCAUGCAUUUUGAACCAAAAUUUCAGCUAAGUCGAUGCCCUAAAAGAAUUCAAGAAUUGAUACAGUAUUGCACAAGUAAAGAUCCAUCGGAAAGGCCAUCAUUUGCAGCCGUCAUAGAAAUCCUGGAAGAAGUCUCAGCAGGUGUGGGGAAACCUGCAUGUCCUGUGUGUUGAGUGCAUUAUGCAAUGUGAAUGUGCAUAUAUAUGCACAAAUACUGCAACAGUAAGUUAAAAAUCUCAUGAUAUUGUGAGUAAAAGUUACAGUAAUAUCCUGAACUUGCUUUCUACUAGUGAGCUUGGAUGUUGAAAUUGGUGGAUAAUAAUAAAACUUGCAGUACA